CUGUUGACACGGAAGUGACGCUGCAGUGCAAACAUGUGCGCCCGAGAGCUGCGUGGAGAGGAGAAAUUUUAGUUGUGUUUACCUGAAUAUUAGCAAAAGCGGUAAAAAAAAAAAAAAAAGAAACAACGUGACCGACCGAGAGAAAUGAGUGAACCUGAACGCUAUCCGACCCCGGACUUCAGCUGUCCUCCACCGAACUUCAUGCAGCAGCGGCCCCGCUCCAGCAACUUCCACCCCAGCAUGUGGAGCUGGGGAGAGACGCCCUCUGAGCUCAGCUGGGGUCGCGGCAUCAACCAGGGUGGCUAUCAUUGGGGGGAAGCGGCAGGGCCUGCUCAUUAUGGACCCAAACCUCAUUUCAAUCUAAAAUCUGGCGGUGAGUGGUAUCAAGCUGGACAUCCAGGUGGCAGACAGAACCACAGACCUCCAUAUCAACAUGGCAAAAAGCAAAGGAACAGGAAAGAGCCGGAGUAUUCCCAUUACUGCGACACCUGUGACCGGGGCUUUAAAAACCAACAAAAGUACGAUGAGCAUGUUUUUCAACAUGUCAAGUGUUCUGUAUCUGACUGCAACUUCAUGGCUCAUGAAAAGUUGGUCGCCAUGCACUGGAAAAAUAACCACGCACCAGGGGCCAAAAGAAUCAAGCUGGACACUGCAGAGGAGAUUGCUAAAUGGAGGGAGGAGAGGCAGAAAAACUACCCAACGCUUCAGAAUAUCGAGAAGAAGAAAAAAGUAAUGGAGGUGCGGGAGCAGACUGGAGGUGUUCUUGAAACGGCUCAGUUUGGGCGAAUGAGAGGCAGAGGGAGAGGCAGAAGCCGAGGUCGAGGCUGGGGUAACAGAGGGUUCAGAGGGCAGCACCAGGAAGCACUACUCCCAAUAAACAGCACCACUGCAGAAACCCCCAAACCGCUCAACCAUUUUUCCAAGGGGGGAGAUCCACUGGGUGUGCUGGCCAGUACUGACCAUGAUUCUGAUAAGGAUGAGCCAUCUCAUGAACACACUACAGCUGGCCUGGUUGUGGCCCCGAAACAGAUGAGCUCAGCCCUUGGGUCCUUAUUGGCUAACUAUGGCUCUAUGAGUGAAAGUGAUGAGGAACCAGAGGCUGCUCCUAUUCUGAGAGCCAAAGAAGUGGUUCGUGAAAACCAGGCCCUCCUAAAUGGAAUCACACCAAUGUCUCGGGACAGUGGAUCCUCUAAACAUGUGGAAAAGCCCAGCGAGACUCGUACAGUUCCUCACCCAAUGUCUGGUCCUAACAUCCGGGAUGACAGAAGAGGAAGAGGGGGUAGAGGAGGCAAGGGACGGAGAUGCCGAGAUGUGCCUCAAUCACGUCGUGCUACCUUACUGGAAAUGUUAUUGGCCCCAGAUAUCCGCCAUGAGAGGAAUGUUCUUCUGCAAUGUGUACGGUAUGUUGUCCACAACCAGUUUUUCGGGCUGGAGAGCAGAUGUCAGGACAGAGAGGAGAUGAAGCACAAAAACUUGCCAGCUUCUGCGACCAUUGAGCAUGAGCAGAGUUCAAAAGAAAUGCCCAUGUCCCAGCCAGACUCCACUGUUCAUGACGAGAGACAUUCAGAAAGCAUAACUGUCCCGGACACCGGAGAUGUUGAAGGUUUAAACAUUGAAUCUGCUGGGAGAACUGAAGCAGGUUCUGCAGAUUCUGUCCAAAGUGUUGAAGAAAAGACUGCCACUGCUCACAUCAGUCAAGAUCCCACCAGCACAAAUAAUAUCGCAUGUAAAUCUAAUAUCUAUGAUGAUGAAAUAUGGGAAAUGGAUGAGGCUGUUCUUUGAAAUAAUAUUUAUUUUUUUAAAGAUAUUAGAUUGAGGUAUAUAAUUAUUUUUCUUGUAAAGAGAAUCAUUUUGUUGCCUUCUUUUUUUUAGGUGGACCUAUUAGUUUUUUCUUUUUUGUAAAAUAAAUGACAAGUGUAAUUAAACAACUCUUGAACUGUGAACGUUUCAGGGUUAUGUGCAGUGUAGUGUUAUGACAAAAUGUAAAAAAAAAAACGGUAUAAAUACAUUUUUUAACGCUCUGUAUGUAUAACUUUGAAUGGAGGAAUGGAGAAAACGCACAAUAAAUCUGAAUCAGUGGAACCAA